UUAUUGCAGGAGUCCAAGUUUAAAGAAACUGGAGUAAUUACACCUGAAGAAUUUGUCGCAGCUGGAGAUCACUUGGUUCACCACUGUCCUACCUGGCAAUGGGCUUCAGGAGAAGAACUGAAAGUCAAGGCUUAUCUGCCAACUGACAAACAGUUUUUGGUAACUAAAAAUGUGCCGUGCUACAAAAGGUGUAAGCAGAUGGAGUACUCGGAUGAGCAGGAAGCAAUUAUAGAGGAAGAUGAUGGUGAUGGGGGAUGGGUAGACACUUUUCACAAUGCAGGCAUAGUGGGUGCAACAGAAGCGGUGAAGGAGAUCACACUAGACAGUAAGGAUAAUAUAAAAAUACCGGAAUGUUCAGCAUCUUGUGAAGAUGAUGAUGAGGAAGAUGAAGGAGAAGCUGCAGACAUGGAAGAGUAUGAAGAAAGUGGGCUAUUGGAGACAGAUGAUGCAACGCUUGACACAAGACAGAUUGUAGAAGCUAACAAAUCUAAAGUUGAUGUUGGAGGAGAAGAUGCUAUUCUACAGACUAGAACUUAUGACCUCUACAUCACAUAUGACAAAUAUUACCAAACUCCAAGGCUCUGGUUAUUUGGAUAUGAUGAGCAACGGCAGCCUUUAACAGUAGAGCAUAUGUAUGAAGACAUUAGUCAAGAUCAUGUCAAGAAAACAGUGACCAUUGAAAACCAUCCUCAUCUUCCUCCACCUCCCAUGUGCUCAGUUCAUCCGUGCAGGCAUGCAGAAGUGAUGAAGAAAAUAAUUGAGACUGUUGCAGAAGGUGGAGGAGAACUUGGAGUUCACAUGUACCUUCUUAUUUUCUUGAAAUUUGUACAGGCGGUCAUUCCAACGAUAGAAUAUGACUAUACGAGGCACUUUACGAUGUAACUAAAAUAAGAGAUGUCCUCCUCUAAUUAUCAAAUCUUUUUUUUUAAAUAACCCAUCCAUGUGACUUAUACAACAUUAUACACAAUUUCUGUAACUAACCUUUUAUCAAGUUGAUGCAUUAAAAUAAAAUGUUCCAUUACCA